GGAGGGGAGAGGGAAGAGAACAGGCGCGGAGCAGUCUCCAAUCACUGGCCCGAGAGGGAGCGCCUUUUGGGGAAACGAACCCCGCAUAAAUAAUUGAGUUUGGAGCCCAAUGCUUUCAGAGGCUCGAAGUGCACCCCCUCAGCGCCUUCCGAGUUGAGGAAAAACGGCAGAGGAAGGGGCCGGCGACGACGGGACCGAGAGCAGCUCAGCGGGCGGUGGGACUCUGUGCCCGCAGAAGUUCGCAAGAGGGACAGCAGAGCCCAGCGAGCCCCGAGGGCAAGGAGCCCUCUCCAGCGGAGGCGGAAAGACAGCUGGCUCUGAGGAGGCCGAGGAGGCGCCGCAAGGGCAGCAUGCGUGUCUCCGGAGGUCCCGCCGCGGUGUCCGCGGACAACUCCAGCGAGUGGUGGCCUCUGUCCGCGGGUGGUGUCAACCGUAGCGGAGAAGCGGAGGCGCCCGGGGGAGGCCGCAGCCCUCCGGGGGACGUGCGCGACGAGGAGCUGGCCAAGGCGGAGAUCGCAGUGCUGGCUGUGACUUUCGUGGUGGCGGUGCUGGGUAACAGCAGUGUGUUGGUCGCGCUGCACCGCACGCCCCGCAAGACGUCCCGAAUGCACCUCUUCAUCCGUCACCUCAGUCUAGCCGACCUAGCCGUCGCUUUCUUCCAGGUGCUGCCGCAGAUGUGCUGGGAUAUCACCUACCGCUUCCGCGGACCAGACGUCCUGUGCCGCGUGGUGAAGCAUCUGCAGGUGUUCGGCAUGUUCGUAUCGCCCUACAUGCUGGUGGUCAUGACCGCCGACCGCUACAUCGCUGUGUGCCACCCGCUGAAAACGCUGCAACAGCCAACGCGCCGCUCGCGCCUCAUGAUCGCCGCUGCCUGGGUGCUGAGCUUCGUGCUUAGCACGCCACAGUACUUCGUCUUCUCCAUGGUCGAGGUGGACAACGUCACCAAGGCCAUUGACUGCUGGGCCACCUUCAUCCAGCCCUGGGGUCCCCGCGCCUAUGUGACUUGGAUGACAGGUGGCAUCUUCGUGGCGCCCGUGGUCAUCCUGGGCACCUGCUAUGGCUUCAUCUGCUACCACAUCUGGCGCAAUGUCCGCGGAAAGACGGCUUUGCACCGGGGAAAGGGCGCUGAGGGCGCCAGUGGCGCCCUCCGUAAGGGGUUCCUGCUCGCGCCCUGUAUCAGCAGCGUGAAAACCAUUUCCCGCGCGAAGAUCCGCACCGUGAAGAUGACUUUUGUGAUCGUGACAGUUUACAUCGUUUGCUGGGCGCCCUUCUUCAUCCUCCAGAUGUGGUCUGUCUGGGAUGACAAACUUGUCUGGGUCGAAUCGGAAAACCCAGCCGUCACCAUCACGGCGUUACUAGCUUCUCUGAAUAGUUGCUGCAAUCCUUGGAUCUACAUGUUUUUCAGUGGCCAUCUCCUGCAAGACUGCAUCCAGAGUUUCCCAUGCUGCCAAAGUAUGAAGCAAACAUUGAACAAAGAAGAUUCUGACAGUGUGAGCAGAAGACAGACUUCUUACACGAACAACCGAAGCCCAACCAACAGUAUGGUUACAUGGAAGGACUCGCCCAAGUUUUCCAAGUCCGUCAAGUUCAUUCCUGUUUCCACCUGAGCCCACGUUCAUGCAGCCUGACUCUUAUAAUAGACUUUUGGGUCCACUGGCUAAAUCCAGCUAGAAAUCAGGAGAACAAGUGAACUUAUAAGCGAUAAGCAUAAAUUGAUUUGUUGAGGACAAGACUGUGUUUCUAGUUGCAUUUUCACAUUGCUAUGAACAAAAGUUUUGAAUUGUUUUAUAGAGGAUGUUCAUUAAAAAGAAAAAAAAACCCCAUGCUACACUAAAAUUUGCAGGCUUAAUUCCCAGAAUAAGAAGAGAAGUUAUAUUUCUAAAGGAAAAAUCGUAACCACUCUGGUUUACAUUCUGUUGUUGGUUUCCUUUCUUUUCUUUAUGUAGGGACGUUGUUUCUGAACAAAGUGAACUCAUCAUCAGUCUUACAAAAUGAAAGUUAUAUAAAAUGAAAGGAAUUAGAAGAAACUUCAGAGAAAUUGUUUCCAUCUAAUAAAACUCAGUUUCUGAAUGUGAAAAUGCAGCCUCCCACGGUGCCCGGAGAAGGGAAGGUGCCUUGGAAAAGGCAUGAGGGUUUGGGGCAUAUGGAGCUGUGGAUGCCUGGUUCACAGCAGAAAGUUAAAUGCUGUAAAUCACCUAUAUUUCAAAAUGGUAACUUUUGAACUGGCAGUUCCUUCCUUGUUUUAGGCUCCUCCUGUUUUACCGGUUGCAGAAAGCACAAUUAUUAAGAUGCUGAAGGUUAGAGAAAAUACUGUCAAAUGGCCAGGAAAAUCUUUUUUCUCCCACUAGUCAGAUUUGUAUAAGAAAUACCUGAUUUUGUUAGAAGAGUAAAAAUGGAUUAUCCAAGGUACUAUGUAGGCUUUUUCUAGAACAUUGUAGAUCUGUCUCGACCAGUGUUAUAAGGUAUCCUGUGUUACACUGGUUCAUGUGUGGGGUGUCCAGAUUAUUACUUCAUGUUUGGGGUGUUCAGAUUUGUAAAUAAGAGAAUCUUCUAAAGAGUGACUCAGGAUUGGGGCACCUGGGUAGCUCAGUUGGUUAAGCGUCUGACUCUAGGCUUCUGCUGGGAUCAUGAUCUUGGGGGUCCUGAGAGUGAGCCCUGCGUGGGGCUCCACACCCAAUGCAGAGUAUGCUUGUCCCUCUCCCUCUACUACUCCCCUAUCCGCGCUCUUUUUUAAGAAGAGAAAGAGAGAGUGACAGGAUAUAGAAAGUACCCUCAUGCUUAAUUAAAAAUAAUUUGGUCGUUCCUUCUAAUCUCUCACCCAUCUAACAGUUAUAUAGCAGAGGAGAAGCAUGGUUGGGUGGAUGGGGGUGGGAGACUUGGGGGGAAAAACUUUUCUGUGCCUGGUUUCCUUUGUUAUGAAAUGCAUGACUUUGGCAAAUUACUUAAAGACACAUAAAGCCUUCAUUUCCUUGGCUGUGCAGUGAGGUUGAUAACACCUUACAGGGUUGUUGUAAGAACCAAAUGAAAUCAA